AUGGACGACAACGAGGCCUUGAGCAAUGAGGAGACGGAGUCGCUGGAGGAGUGGCUCGCGCGGAAUUUACCCGACCCGGCAUCUCUGCCGCUCGUGCCUGCGGAUUCGGAAAUGGAUGCUGCAGCUGCUGCUGCAAUCGUCUCACGGAUCGAGCAGCUGGAACAAGAGCCCGAGGCAUCGAACUGGAAGCCGCCGACGCAACACGAAGUGCUGAUGCUCCUGAAGUAUCGCGACCACACUAGCUUCGCGACCGUCCCGCGCCGGCCUGUGGCAAAUCAGGUGCGGGCACACGGAAGCUGCGUCUUUCACGUCGCACCGAACCCAGCGCACGGCAAGCGCAAGAAGCGAGGCGGUGAGGCGUCUGCUUCUGCCGACGGUCUCGAUUUGUGGAUCAAACCCAACAGCGUGACGGGCCUUGGUGGCGGCUCGCUGUGGUACUCCGACCCGGACGCGCCGCACCAGAAGGUGGUCAAAGUGACCGCCUCGCUCAGUGCGGAGCAGAAGAGGCAGUACGGCGACAAGACAAUCCACCACUACUGCCUCAUGCACGCCGACGUGCCCGUUGAUUCGGCGACGAAAAGCGUUGGGUCAGCUAAGACGCCCUGCAAGCACCUCCACGAGCCUGUGCGCUGGCUGGUCGUCUCGACGAAGGAUGAGCCUCUGCAGGACGCUCAGCCCGCCCCGCUCGCGUUGCCUGCGGGGCCGUCGAGCUCGGAGGUCGGCGGCGAUGCCGCACAAGUCAAGCAGAACGCUUCGUUUGGCACGGUGGAGGUGGACGAGCUUCGGAUAGGGGGUGUCGACGUAUGGGGGGAGCUCACGCGACUCAAGAGAGAGCUGGCACUGCUCCAGCAGCAGCCGGACGGCAGGGAUGCCUGGACGAGCAGUCACCGAGCCGACCUUGCCGAAUGGAUGGAGAAGCUCGACCACUCCGAGCACGUGCGAGCCGGCGACGUCGUGCAGGUGCGUGGAGAGCGGCUGACCAAGGCGAUCACGUUUGAGCCGGGCGGCACGCUCUUCGUCGUCAGCAGCGACCCGGCGCUCGCUUUCAAUCUGCCCGAGGACACGGCGCAGCGCGAGCACGGCGCAGUGCUCGCCUUUGUCGGCCGCGUGCCCGUCCACUGCGUCGGCGACGCGCCGGUGGACUCCUACCUAGUGCCGUCGGGCGGCGGCGACGGCGCAGCGCGUGCGACCGAGGCGAUCGAGCGGGCCACGCGUGAAAACACAAUCGUCUGUCUGGAGACGGGGCUGGGCAAGACGCUCAUCGCCGUACGCCUGAUUGACCACUUCAUCGACGUGGGCAAGGCGCUCUUCAUCGCGCCAACCGUAGUCCUCGUCGAGCAGCAGGCGCGUGUGUGCCGCGAGCAGUGCGCGCAUUCGCUGCGUGUGGUCGAGCUGUGCGGCUCGCGGCAGGGCGACUGGACGCGCGCGAGCUGGACGCGGUGCUUGGCCGAGAGCGAUGUACUCGUCGGCACGCCCGAGAUAUUCAGGAGCGCGCUUGUCGACUCCGGCUGCCUCUCGCUUACCGCCUUUGGCCUCGUCAUCUUUGAUGAGGUACACCACGCCGUGGGGGGCGAUCCAAUGGCGUGCAUCAUGUACGACGCCUACCACUUGAUGCGCCAGGCAGGCGAAAGCGCGCCCAUGCCGCGUAUCGUUGGUCUAACGGCCUCCUUGGCAUCGGGCCGGCUCACCAAUCUGUCGGCGAAGCGGCAGCAGCUCGAGGUGCGUAUGGACGCCGCCAUGUUCCGGCCAGGCGUGCCGCCGGAGUACCUCGUCGAGCCGACGUUUGCACCGCGUGUGGAGUGGGCGGCUGAUGGCUUGGCCCGCUACGAAAGCCUCGCGCGCAGCAAGGUGGAGACGCUGUUCCGCGAGUUUGACGGCAUGCCCACUAAGGUGAAGGAUUUGGAGAGGCUCGUGCAGCGCGCGGGCCAUGUGCUGCUCGAGUGCGGCAUGAUGGGCUUCAUCUUUUACCUCGGCGAGUCACUCGCGUACCAGCUCGAGGGCAUCGCCAUCAAACUCUCCGAGAUACCAUACGCGCCGGCACUCCACGAGAAGGCGCGACGCCUCUGCUCUGUGCUGCCGCAGCUACGCGCCGGGCUACGCGACGCGGCGCGCAAACUGCAGGCCGACGGCGAGCUCACAGGCGCGCCAUGCAUCUCUUCCAAGUGCACUCGGCUGCUCGAGCUGCUCGGCGAGCUCUUUCGCGAGCACGGGGCGACGCGAGGCUACAAGGGCAUCAUUUUCGUGGAGCAGGUCAGCCUGACGUUCCCGCUCGCGCAUGUGAUCAACCAGCACCACCCGCAGUCGGCCUCGUCGGCGGCGCGCCGCGCCAUCCGCGCCCAGGCCAUCUCCGGCGUGGGCACGAUGUCGAGCGCGAGGCGCUCGGACGUCCUCGACGGCUUCAAGCGCGGGCGCACGAGCGUGCUCGUCGCGACGGCAGCGCUCGAGGAGGGCAUUGACGUCUCCGACUGCCAGUUUGUCAUUCGGUACUCCAAGUUCAACACCUCUAAGUCGCACAUCCAGGGCGCCGGCCGCGCGCGCCACGAGGACGCGGAGGUCUUCUACUUUGAGAAUGAUCCGGAGGACGAGGCGGCCAAGGCUCAGAAGAUGGCGGAGUGCGCGCGCAACGAGGACGUCAAGCUCAGCGAGGCGCAGAGGCUCGAGCGCGCCGAGGUGCGCUCCAUCGACGGCUUCUACCCCUAUGCGCCCUGCGCGACGGGCGGAGUCGUCAACAUCUACAACUGCGUGGGCAUCUUUCAAAGCUACUGCGGCAAGGUGAUCCGCGCGAUGCCGCGUCUAGAGCGGCGCAUCCACCGCGCCGUGCACUACCCUUCGCCCGCCGGCUACAUCACCGUGCCUCGCGCUGACGUGGACGCGCACUGGGGGACCCGCAGCGUCGAGGACGCGCUCGUGCCCGGUCGGCCGUUGAGUGCGCAGGACCAGGAGCGCCACCGCUUCUUCUACACUGUCGUUGUGAAGAUGCGCGAGGCGGGCCACCUUACAGCCGACAACCAGCCGAGCGCCGAGGCGCGUGCAGAGACCAAGGCGGCGAUUGCGGCCAUCCCCAUGCCCGACGAGGUGACGCUGCGCGACUUAUUUGCCCCCGAUGCGCUCGACCCGCCGCCGUUGCCGCGCAUCGCCGAUGCCGGUGCGGAAGGUGGCGGAGGUGACGAUCUUGCGACGCCGAGGCCAGUCGCAGCGACGCUCGCACCGGGGCCGCCGACCUCGCCGCCGGCCUCGCUCGCACAAGCUAGCAUCAAUGAGGACGCCAAGUCACGGCUCGGCCGGAAGUAUCCGGCGCAGGCUGCGUCGGCAAGCCUCACCUACCACACCGAGCGAGAGGGCCCGGCGCACGCACCUCACUUUCGGGCGACGGUGAGGGUGGUCGUGGGAGGCGAGCUCAGAGAGUUUGUCGGCGAGUGGAGUUCCACACGCAAGGCAGCGGAGCAAUCGGCCGCGGCCGCUGCUCUGCGGUUCAUCGAUGUGCCAGCCGCGGUCGGGCCCUCGGGCUGCUGA